AUGUCUCUACGGAAUAUCUACGGUGUAGUAACAAACUUAGCCAACAAAAACAACAGUGAUGGCACGUCACGCAGUUCCAGUGAAGCCUUUGCCGCUUUACAGAAUUUGCUUACGCCAUUCCGCAAUUUGAGCAACAGUAUCAAUAGCAGUAGUGGUGUCGCUGCUGCAACCGGUGGAAGUACUAGUGACGGGAAUAGCAACAACAACAACACUAUGGCUACUACUACUACUACUUCUACUACUACUACGAUGAGCAGCAGAGACAUACAGGAGCUUCCCGCCAACACGGUGUUCCUCAAUGUGUACGACAUCACGGAGAUGAAUGGAGUGCUGUACCACGCAGGCAUUGGCGUUCACCACACCGGCGUGGAGGUGUACGGCCUCGAAGUCGCAUUCGGCCGAUGUCCACUGGGAAGUGGUGUGUUUGAGACUACACCGCGGCAGACGGAGCCGCAUAUAUUCCGCGAACAACUUAUUCUCGGCGAGACUCGACUCUCACGCGAGGAGGUGCGGGAACUCAUAUUGGAAUUUAAGGCCAAUGAACAUCAAUGGUCCGGCCGUGCGUACCAUCUGAUCCGCAACAAUUGCAAUAACUUUGCACAGGCCUUCGCCAAACGACUACUCCCUCCCGAAGUACGGGCAGAACAACAACAAGGACAACAACAAGAACAGGGAAACUCUGUGGAGGUGUAUGACUGCGGUGAGCGGGAGGAGGAGCGGCUACCGAACGGAGAUGUGGUGUUGCUGCCGGUGGUGAUGCCGGGAUGGGUGAAUCGACUCGCCCGCAACGCCUCGCGGUUUCUCUCUGAUGAUUUGGUGGAACGCAUGGAGGUGUUGGACAGAGAAACACAGGGAAUGACGAAUCAGGAAUAA